UGUUUACAGAAGGGGGUAGUAAUGGUUGUUGUACGUAGCGGUUGUCAGUUCUGCGCGGCGACUGGCUGAGGCUUUACCAACCACAGACCCGGGCGGGCUCCCUCCUCACUGGCUCCCGGCUCGCCAGCCAACCAGUUCGCCCACUCCAACACGGGUUUGUUCUUCCCGUACACCAAUGAUCCAUGGAUGGUGGUGGAGAGGGACAGAUGGAUCAGAGCACAGAUCACACAGCAGAUGACAGUGGCACCCUCAGUAUGGCUGUUCACUUAGAAGGUACCCCACAGGGAGCUGAUGGCACACAGGGUCUCCUGACCAACGACUACAGCUAUGUCCUAGAUGACAGUGCGACGGGUGCGUCGGCCAAUGACAGUAUAGCGAGCGGCGGGGAUGAUGACGGAGGACACAAAGACGGUGACAGCCUCCGCGAACACGUGGGCGUGGAGCCACUACAGGAACAGGACCGGUUUUUGCCCAUUCACAAUAUUAGUCGCAUUAUGAGAAAGGCUAUACCCAAAAAAGAAAAGAUUGCCAAGGAUGCUAAAGAGUGUGUACAGGAGUGUGUGUCAGAGUUCAUCAGUUUCAUCACAAGCGAAGCCAGUGACAGGUGUCACCAGGAGAAGAGGAAGACCAUUAACGGGGAGGACAUCCUGUUUGCCAUGUCCACUCUGGGGUUCGACAGCUAUGUGGAACCACUCAAACUGUACCUACAGAAGUACAGAGAGUCCAUGAAAGGUGAGAAGGGAGGGAUGAACACAUCCACUACAGGUGCAGGGGACGAGAGCCUAGCGUCAGACCUGGGGGCCGAUGAUUCUUUCACUGCCAACAUCAUCUCCACAGACGGCCAGACAACGAUGACUUACACAUACCCCACACAGGUUCAGGUGGGUAUGAUUCCUGUACUGGAUAUGGGCCAACAACUUCAGUUCACAGGGAUGUCCAGUUGAGCGCAACAAGUCUUCACUAACUUCAUCACACAGAAUCUGCAAAAAAACUCUCCAUCGCUGCACACCUGUUUGGCUAUACCACACCUGUAUAGAGUCCAAAACCUACGAAGAUUGAUCAAUAAGUUCUCGGCCUCACCUUAAAGAAGCUACACAACCCAAAUUUAAUUAUAGGACAUAGUUUUAUAGUAUGAAGUCUUGUAUUAACAUCCACCAAAUUUCAAACCAUUGUGGUCAUUACUUUCCAGUCGACAUCCUUUUAAAAAUCAUUAGGUAAGUGGUGAGAAGAACAAGGGUGAGCGGUGACCAGAGUUUUGUGGGUCGAGUUUUUCAUGCCGUGAAAUCUACGAAGAUUGUCAAAAUGUUGGAUGAGGAUUUCCUUCAUAUUUGAAAGUGAAAGAAGUGGGUAUCUAACUUUCAGUAGCACAAGUUGACCCACACAACUCAGGUCACAGCUCAAUUGUCCAUGUUUUUUUCCUUCUCUCUCACCUAACGUGGGUGUCGCCUGCGUAUUCAUGAUCACAAUGAUUUGAAUUUUGGUAGACAUUCAUAAAACUUUAUUAAAAGGUAUUAUACUUUAUGAUUAUGCCCAAUGAUUUGAGUAUUGCACCUUAUUUCUGUGUGAGGCUGCCAACUUAAUGAUCGCAUUUCGUAAACAGUUUGAAUGAAUUUUGCUGUACCUCAAUAGUAAAUUGUAGAUUUUUUUUUCAUUUAUCACAGUCUCUGUUGCUAAUGUUAGAUAACAGAGAAGGUUGCAUUUUUUUUUCUGUCAGUAGGUUUGAUUUUAUUUGUAUGGACAUAUAAGGCACAGAGCAUUGUUCUGACUGCCAUUUGUUUGCUUAUCAGUGAAUGCCGUAACAUUAUAAGAGAAUGUUUAAAAAGUCCAACUUCAGUACUCCAGUGGAGUAUUUUCCACGUUGGAUAAUAAAUUGUACACAUCUUUGUUAGACAACUGUCAAUUUUGAUAACACAGAGGCUAACAGUAACAAAAACAAGACUUAGAAUCCAUUUCUUCUAGUCAAAACGUACAGAUGAAUUCUCUACAUUCGAUCUUUAGAAAAUGGUUUGAUCCGUUGCGAAAUGAAAAGAUAUACCCAUUUUUUGUAUCUUGUAAAUACUAUAAGGAACUUGACGUGUUUUUACACAUAUGAUAUGAUACAGAGUUUGUCUGUUGGUGCAGCUUUUUUUACGCAUUCCUUCCCCUGUAUAUAUCAAUAUGUGAUACUGGUAAUAACAAUGCUACAUUCUAGACUAUGUACUGAACUUUCACGUAGAUAUUAUUAUUAUAUUUCUCUCACUAUACCUUGUAUAGGGUGUAGAGGAAAUAUAUUCUUUUCUUCUUUUUUUUUAAGCCACUUUCUAAGACAUAUAGAAGCUGUAUAAAGCUAUUAGAUUAAUUUAGAACCUCCAAAUUAACAUUUAGAUCAGAUUUAACAGUAUUAUUUUUGUUGAUAUCGGUAAUAUUUUGAAACUUUUUUUAUUUGAAACACACAUCUUUACUAGUGUUAAUACUGCACUUAGUCCAGUUACUGCUGAUAUUAUAGGAAUGAUGACAUUAAAUGAGAUGAGUAUCUCAAA